CCGCCACAAUUCCUUCCCACAAAACCAAAAAUCAAAUCUUGUUGGUGAUUCCCGAUUGUGCAAACGCUCAGUUCCUUUAAUUUCGGAAUCGUAGUUUUGAACGCUGUAGAAGCAUUUGUGUGGUGACUGGUGAGGAUUUGGCAUUUUGAGUUCGUUGCAGGUGUGUGUAUCUUCGUCCGCCAUGGCUGCGAAGGAGUUCGUGGUUUAUCUUCUGACAGGGUUCUCAUUGGCUGUUGUAUCGGUUUAUUGGGUCAAUAGCUACUCGCAAGGCCGCCAUGCGAAGCCAUGGCUGCUUUCGUCCACAAAUGGAUCCGAAACCCUAGUCUGGCCUGAAUUGAAGUUUAGUUGGAGAAUUGUGCUGGCCACUGUAAUUGGAUUUUUAGGCUCUGCUUGCGGCACUGUGGGUGGGGUUGGGGGAGGAGGAAUUUUCGUUCCGAUGCUAACUCUAGUUGUUGGAUUCGAUACAAAAUCUGCUGCUGCAAUUUCGAAGUGCAUGAUAAUGGGGGCUUCGGCGUCGUCGGUUUGGUACAACAUGAGAGUGCCUCAUCCUUGCAGAGAAGUGCCGAUAAUCGACUACGAUUUGGCUCUUUUAUUCCAGCCUAUGUUAAUGGUCGGCAUAACUUUUGGUGUGGCUAUGAGUGUUGUCUUUCCGUAUUGGCUCAUCACUGUCUUGAUUAUAAUCUUGUUCUUGGGAACUUCUUCUCGGUCCUUUGCUAAGGCGAUCGAGAUGUGGAAGGACGAAUCCGUUUUUAAGAAAGCCAUGGAAGAUAAACUGACGUGCGUCGAUUCUCGCGGCGAAUUAUUGAUCGAUGCAUACGAAUCGUUGUCUCCUAAAGAGGAGAAAACACCAUUGCAAAUCAUGAAGAGCAACCUUAAUGUCAAGGGAAUCCUCGCGCUGCUGUUCGUAUGGAUCUGCUUUCUUCUUCUUCAAAUAAUCAAGAACGACACGAAAACUUGCAGUACAUGGUAUUGGGUGCUAAGUUUAUUACAGAUUCCCGUUGCGCUGAUGGUUUUUGUCUACGAAUGCGUCAAACUGUACAAGGAAAGCAAGAAAAGGCGACUGGCCGGAAAUCCCGAUCUAAUCUGCGAAGCAGCGAUCCAAUGGACAGCAACAAAUCUUGCGUUCUGCGCGCUGUGUGGAUUCUUGGGUGGCACAGUUGGGGGCCUGUUAGGCUCCGGCGGGGGCUUCAUCCUCGGCCCCCUCUUGCUCGAGAUUGGAGUGAUCCCUCAGGUCGCGAGCGCGACGGCGACCUUUGUAAUGAUGUUCUCCUCAUCUCUAUCCGUGGUUGAGUUUUAUCUACUCAAAAGAUUUCCAAUCCCUUAUGCUGUAUAUCUUAUGUCCGUUUCGAUCUUGGCCGGGUUUUGGGGGCAAUGCUUGGUAAGAAAACCUAUCGCGAUCCUCGGAAGAGUUUCGAUUAUUGUUUUCAUCCUCUCCGGCGUCAUAUUCGCGAGCGCUCUUACGAUGGGUGUUGUUGGAAUAGGGAAAAGCAUUUGGAUGAUCAAACACAACGAGUUCAUGGGAUUCUUGGAUUUUUGUAGCAGUCAAUGAAGAAUGAUUUAUGAUCUUGUAAUAAAUCUCAUAUAUAUAUAUAUAUAUAUAUUUUGUUAGAAAUUUAAUUUUUGUGUUGUUGGCCAAUGUCUUGUUGACCACACUUUUUUUUUUUCCUUUUUUUUUUUUUUUUGAAAAGAAUCUGUCUAAAUUGCUUUAUUUUGUAAGAUGUAAAUAGAAAUAAUGGGGAGUGUUGGCCAAUGCCUAAUUGACCAUACAUAUAUCCAUUUUGGUAUAAUUUUUUGUUUUUAUUAUUUUAAUUUUUCUGUGUUUGUUUGUAAUUUGAAUUUGAUGAUAUUAUUAUAAAUUGGAAUUGCAAUUUAAAUGUU